GGACUCACGGACUCACAGACUUGGCUGCGCGUUCUCGCGAAAUUAUUAAAGGAGACAUAUUAUACCACCAGGUGUGACUGUGAUUAGCCUUACAAGCCGUUUCGAAAAUCUGCCCCAUAUGACAUCCCUAGCACAAAUCUAGGUUGACACGCCCACAUGGGGCAGAUAUUCGAAACGGAUUGUAAGGCUAAUCAAACUCAUACCUGGUGGUAUAAUAUGUCUCCUUUAAGGCUUUAGGGUUGUCCCAAUGUCGAGUUCCAAAGGGCGUGAGGGUUUGAGUCCACACUUACUAAUAAUAAUAAUAAUAAUACAUUUAAUUUAGAGGCGCCUUUCAAGACACCCAAGGUCACCUUACAGAGCAUAUAGUCAUCAUAAAUCGUUUCAAAAAACAAGACAUUGUGGAAAAAAUAAAUAAAUAAUUACUGAACCCUUGCCGUGAGUCUGCAUCAGUGCAGACUUCACCGAAGCCUUAAGAGAAUUACCUGCAGUUCAAAGCCAGAUCAUUUGGAUCAGCUCACCAACAAGAGCCGGAUCUUUUGGCUCUUCAUAUUACUACUUGUACCUUUUUCAGCCUUAUGAUUAGUAUCUGUAGGCCCAUAAUCACCUAAACUAUUCAAUACAUCCUUUAUACUGAACUAUUCAAAAGUAGAAAUUAUAUUUUCUUAUAUCAAUAAAUUGCUGUAGCCGAUUGUUUUCAUUGCAUUUUAAAAAAUAAACUGAAAUUGAAAAUUCCCUAACCGGCAAGUGUCAGCCACAUCUUUGUCAUUAAACAUUGCCAAGGUAACAUGUGCUCUCGUGAAGUGCUGUCCCAAUCCCAUAUAUACCUAUUUGAGCCCAUGUGGCCUCACACACUCACUCACUAAGGUUAAUUAGCACCUUAGAUAAAUUAAAUCUGUGAGUCAUUUAGGAUUAGGCCCAUGUGUUCUGUGAGGAACAACACGGCAGCAGAACAUUUUCAGUUAUUAAAGAUAUAUGCACACCUGUUUAUGAUUACUAAUGUCUGCUGCUUCUAUUCUUUGAGUCCUUGUGUUUAUUGUGUUAUGGAAGAGACUGAUCUUAUAUUGUAUGAGUUCUGGUCACGGCCCUAUUCCGGGUCUGGGUCCUGGUCCUGGUCCGGGUCUCGGUCCGGGUCUUGGUCCCGGUCCGGGUUCGGGUCCCGGUCUGGGUUCAGGUCCCGGUCCGGGUCCAGGUCCGGGUCCUGGUCUUGGUCCCGGUCCCAGUCCCGGUCCCAGUCCCGUUCCCGGUCCAGAUCUGGUCCGGGAUGAUGAUGAUGAUGAUGAUGUUGUUGAUGAUGAUGAUGAUGAUGAUGAUGAUGGUGACGAUGAUGAUGAUGGUGAAGAUGGUGAUGGUGAUGGUGAUGAUGAUGAUGGUGAUGAUGAUGAUGUUGGUGAAGAUGGUGAUGGUGAUGGUGAUGAUGAUGAUGGUGAUGAUGACGAUGAUGGUGAUGAUGAUGAUGAUGUUGGUG